GCACCUGUCUACAGCACUCCUGAGUCAAGAGUUGAAAACGUUUAUGCAAAUUUGGGUCAAAACAAGAUUAUGGUUCACAACUUGCAUUCCUUCAUUGAGGGCAAAACCGAGGAUGAUUUUAAGGAAGAAUAUGAGCUGCUGCCAUCUGGUCUACAGGCAGGCCAUAACGUUGGGAAGAAACCCUGCAAUAAAGUUAGAAACCGAUUUGUCGCGAUAUUUCCUUACGACCAUUCUCGAGUACAUCUAGAAAAAUCAUCAGAAGAAGGAUCAUCUGAUUAUAUCAAUGCCAACUACAUUGACGGAUACAACAGGAAAAAUGCAUAUAUUGCAACACAAGGUCCUGUUCCCGCUACCACGGGUGAUUUCUGGAGAAUGAUUUGGGAGCAAGAUGUCAGCAAGAUUGUCAUGUUGGCCAACCUCAUUGAAGCUGGAAAGAAAAAAUGUGAGAAAUACUGGCCAGAGUUGAAAGAAGUAAACACUGCUGGGAAAAUGAAAAUCAAGUGCAAGAAGGUCCACACGCGUGCUGAUUACACAAUCAGAGAGUUUUCUAUGCAGCCAGACCAGAAGGAUGACUCGAGGACAGUCUACAUGUAUCACUUUACCACUUGGCCCGACCAUGGUGUUCCUUCUGUCCCAGCUCUCUUGAGCUUCUGGAAACAAGUCAAGAAAACCGCAUCACAGACAGAUGGACCAAUCACUGUGCACUGCAGUGCUGGUAUUGGAAGAACUGGGACCUUCAUUGGACUUGACAGUCUGGUAGACGAGGCAAGGGACACUAAAAGUGUCAACGUCUUUGAGUGUGUCAGGAAGAUGCGAGAUAACAGGAUCAACAUGGUGCAGACCCCGGAACAGUAUCAAUUCCUUCACGAGGUUCUUCUUGAAGCAAUAUCGUGCCGUGAGACUCUUUAUACGGUGGCAUCAUUCAAGGAACAAUUUACUGAAACCAAAACCCUAAGCACAAAGGAAAAUGCUCGCUUGAAACAAGAGUUUAAAGACAUUACAAGCCUUAAGAAGCCUGUUUCCCAAAGGGACAUCGACACAGCCCAUCUUCCGGAAAACAAGGACAAGAAUCGCAAUCAAAACAUUGUUCCAGCGUCUUCGCAUCGCCCGUACUUCUCUACUCAUGUUAAAGGUACCAAUGACUACAUAAACGCAGUCAGUUUGCCUAGCUGUAAGAAUAAAGAUGGCUUUCUGGUGACUCAGAUGCCUUUGGAGCUCACAGUGAUAGACUUCUGGAGAAUGGUAUACGAGAUGGAGUGUACUACCAUAGUGUCCUUGACUUCACCUGAUGCUUUAGCAACAUCACAGGAUCUUCAAGCCGUCUCCAUAGCUUUUGUCGCACGAAAGGACGAGGUAGCAUCAUUUAUGUUACUUUGA